CUCGGCCUUCCCGCAAGGUCGCUUUGCAGAGCGGGAGCGCGCUUAAGUAACUAGUCCGUAGUUCCAGGGUACGCCGUGUCCUUUUGCGUUGGCGACAUGACCGGGUACACUCCGGAUGAGAAACUGCGGCUGCAGCAGCUGCGAGAGCUGAGAAGGCGAUGGCUGAAGGACCAGGAGCUGAGCCCUCGAGAGCCGGUGCUGCCCCCACAGAGGAUGGGGCCUAUGGAGAAAUUCUGGAAUAAAUUUUUGGAGAAUAAAUCCCCUUGGAGGAAAAUGUAUCAUGUGUCUGAAAAACCAUAUGGCAUAGUUGAAAGGAAGCCCAGAAUAUUCCCUGGUGAUAUAAUUCUGGAGACUGGAGAAGUAAUUCCACCAAUGAAAGAAUUUCCUGAUCAACAUCAUUAAAGAUUAUGUAAAAACUUGAAAGGCUUAUGAGCCUAAGUUUGUUCCUAUAUUACCAUAUUUACUGAAUUUUCUGGAAAAGUAACUUUAAUAAAGUUUAAUCUCAGAAA